AUGGCCAACAGAGCGCCCCGCGUCGAAACGCUGAACUACCGUCUCGGCGGCUUUCACCCAGUGCAUCUGGACGACGUGUUCAAAAAGGGUCGAUAUAUCGUUGUCCAUAAGCUUGGACAUGGAGGCUUUGCAACUGUCUGGCUUGCCAGAGACACUCGUCGUGAUCGAUAUGUUGCGCUGAAAAUCCUCGCUGCGAGAUUGUCACGAGACUGUCCCGAAGUGGAAAUCCUGAGGAGGUUAAAGAACAGUGAAGAUCAUGAGGGCAAGGCUUAUGUGAUGAGUAUGCUGGAUCAUUUUUGGAUUGAUGGUCCCAAUGGUCGCCACCUUUGUGUCGUCAGUGAGGUUGGAGGACCAAGCAUAAAACAAUUCAAUGAUUGCCCAGGAUUCACGAGUGGAACGCGGAGACUGAGGGGAGAUGUGGCGAGAAAGGUUGCGUUGCAAGCCACAGAAGGAUUGGCCUAUAUACAUUCUACUGGAAUUGUUCACGGAGACUUCACUGCGGCUAAUAUUCUGCUGCAACUUGCCAAUAUCGAUGAGUGGACUGUUGACGAGAUUCACGAUCGAUUGGGCGCGCCACAGACACAUGCUCUUCAUAGGGCAGCUGGUCAGACGGGCGAGGACAGUUGCCCCAAGUAUACAGUCAACGCCAUUAGCAUGAAGCUGGUAGAUCCUCAAUGGCUGUCUGACCGAAUCAUGAUCAUUGACUUUGGAAUCGCUUUUAUGGAAGACCAAUCCUCGAUUGACAUCGGGACACCGAAGAAUUACUGUGCGCCAGAAUUCAAUUUUGAAAGUCCAAGAAGCAUAAGCUCUGAUAUCUGGGCUCUAGGUUGUACAAUCUUCGAGAUCCGGACUGGCUCUUGUUUGUUUCGUUACAGAGGCAUCCCCACGCGGGACCAGAUAUUGAUCGCAACGGUGAAGAUCCUCGGCAAAUUGCCUGACGCGUGGUGGGAUCGAUGGGAGGAGGGACGUACGUGGUACGAUCUCGAGAUCCAACCUGGAGGGCAAUUAUCUGGAAUCGUAGCCGGAACGCUAUUUAACGAAAUCAUGAAAAUCGGUCUGCAUGAUGGAGACUCUAACAGCACGGAACUCACUCACCAAGAUCUGGGAUUUGGUGCCGACAACCCAGAUGAGGAUGGAAAUCUGAAAAGAAAACAUUGCUCAUCUGAGAAGCAUGUAACUACCACUACUCGCUUGAUGGCGUUGGUUGAAGACCUCACCACUAGCGAAGCCAACUAUGUAAUGGCACAAAUAGAGCAUGCGAACAGUCCGGGGUCAUCUCAUGAGAAGUCAGGCUCGUCCCAUGAGAAAACGAAUUCCGGUACUGGAUCAUCAGGCAAAAACCAGAGCGGUUCUGGAUCCGGAUCUUCGGGUGCGAAAAGUGGCGAGAAGAGCAUAUCGUCUGAAGGGGUUUCAACUGGUGCAGCAAAACGUCGUGCAGCGACGAUUGCUUCGUCCGCGGGUGCAGCUACUGAAGUUGGAGCCGACCGACGGCUACCCCGGUCUGGAGAUGUUGACGUUCCUGUGACGAUUGCUGAGUUUCUCGAACCGUCAGGGACCAUUAUCAGCGUUGUGGAGGCAUCGGCACUGGAGAAUAUAUUAAGAAAGGCAAUGCGAUUUUUGCCAGAUGAUCGAAUGCCUGCCGCUGAACUUGCUAAGCACAACUGGUUUUUUGAAAAUUUCAAAGGAGAAGGCUAG